UCUACGCAGUCCGCUGUAGUAAUAUGAACGUACACUUACGAACAUUAUUACUCUUUAUUUCUACAUUAUAUCUGACAAAUGGCCAAAACUGGGAUAUAACAAACGACAUAAAGGACAUUUUCGAGGACAAAACUGAAGACAUGAAAGCGUUUUUCGACGUACAGAGGAGCAGAGUGGAGAAGGCCCUGAACACAGGUUAUGUUGAAGCCGUUAAAAUGAAAGACUCUGUUAGCAGUUACGUAGAUGCACAGCAACGGAAGAUCAGUGCUGAUAUUAAUAGUUACGUGGAAAGUGUUAAGGAAAGUAGUAGAAAAGUUGCAGAUACAUGGUCGUAUUUGCCAAUAGAAGAACCUGGUGCUCGGAUGGAACAGCCAGACUUGGUGCUAUCAGUGCCAGGAGUUAUCAUUCGGAAUGGAUAUCCUUGUGAAACCCAUACAGUUGUUUCUGAAGGUUACAUUUUAAAUCUCCAUAGAAUUCCUCAUUCUAAGAAUAAUAAAGACGUUCCAAAGAAGACAGUGCUCUUACAACAUGGUCUGUUCGCAAGUUCUGCAGAUUGGAUCUUGAAUGGCCCAGAAAAAGGCCUGGCAUACGUGCUAUCCGAUGCAGGUUAUGAUGUCUGGAUGUCUAAUAUACGAGGAAAUAAAUACUCCAAGGAACACGCUUGGCUCAAAACAAAUACGAAAUCAUACUGGAAUUUUUCCUGGCAUGACAUAGCGCUUCACGACCUUCCUGCAGUUAUAGACUAUAUUGUUUCAAUUAAAAAAGGUGAUCCCAAUUUAACAUACAUCGGACAUUCUAUGGGCACAACUAUUUUAUUUGCAAUGUUGACUUUAAGGCCAGAAUAUAAUAAUAUCUUGAAAGCGGGAUUUGCUUUAGCGCCGGUUGUGUUUAUGUCUGAUAUAAAAUCACCUUUGAAAUCUCUAGCGCCAGUAGCUUCCAACAUAGCUUAUAUGGAAAUGUUAUAUGGCUCUCACGAGUUUAUGCCAAAGAAUUCUGCCCUAGGAAGGAUAUCCAGUUCCUGCAAUGAGGACAAUAUGGAUUCAAUGGUGUGCAAGAAUAUUAUUUUCUAUAUCUGUGGCUAUAACGAUAAGCAAUUUAAUAAAACACUACUUCCCGUAUUCAUGAGGAAUCUAGGAACUGGAACGUCAUGGAAAACAGCAGUGCAUUUCGCACAAGAAGUGAAAUCUGGUGGUAACUUCCAGCAAUUUGACUAUGAAUCGAAUAACCCAAGAGUUUAUGGUGCACCGACACCACCUGAAUACGAUUUGAGUAAAGUCACCGUCCCCAUUACACUAUUUUGGUCAGAAAACGAUCUACUAUCCAGUGAAAAAGACGUUCAAAUGCUAUACGAUAGAUUACCAGCAACUACGAGGAUGUACAAAAUAGCGGAUCCUGAAUUUAACCAUUUAGACUACCUUUGGGCGAAGGACGCCCCCACGUUAUUGAAUAAAAAGCUUUUAGAAUAUUUAGACGAUACGUACAAGACAGGAAUAGGAGGAUUUUCUAUCAGCUUCAAUAUUGGUAAAUGAGUUUCGAAAAAUAAGAUAAUUCCUCGUCGAGGGUGACGCCAAAAUGUUUCUCGUAACGAAGUAAUCGAAGAAUAUUGGGAACGUGACAUUUUCUAACAGCUUUGUUGAGUGUCGUUUUGUAUUGUUUACUACGUACUGUGAUAAUAUGUUAUAUAAUUUAUUGUAAUAAAUGCGUUAUCUGCAAGCUCA